UGGCGCGCAAACAAACAACAUGCACUCCUGCAGCAAGAAGACACUUGGCUCUUCUCUUCCACCCUCUUCAAAGGACGAUAAGCCGAACUCGCGACGCUGCCUGUCAAACGUUGAGCAUUUGAAACCGACAGACGCUUGAUGCAGAGCUUGAAGCAAACAAGAGUCAUGUGUUGAGUCAUCUGCAGACCGGCAAGCGGCGCGUAAUUCCUCCGUCGUCGUGCCUCGGAGAAAGGACACAAGCUUGGGUCUCGGCUACUGCGCACAUCGAUCAGCGAUCAGCUCCAGAAGCCGAACUCUCCAGCUCAUCGAUCCGCCUCGACCUCCAGGGGAGGAGUAAGAGUGCGCAGAAAGAUGCGCAUCCGUGCUUUUCUUUAGUGCCGUCUCAGACCAAACAAGUGUCGAGUCCGUAAUCAUUCGAUAAAUGAGCGAUGCCAGGGGUGACCAAGUACAAUUUGGUGGACGACUCCCUCGAUUUGAGGAUCCCCAUGCAUAACGAGGAGGUGUUCCAGCAUGGAGUCAGCUUCGAGGCGAAGUACAUUGGCAGCUUGGAAGUGGGCCGUCCUGGCAGCCGCAUGGAAAUAGUUGCUGCGAUGAGAAGAAUCAGAUACGAAUUCAAGCUGAAGAACGUCAAGAAAAAGAAGGUCAACAUUGUUGUUUCCACGGACUUUGUCAAAGUCAUACUAAGAAAAAAGAAGCGAAAAGGCUGGUCUUGGGAUGAGAGUACAAUCUUGGUGACGCAGGAUCCCAUAUUCAGGAUUUUUUACGUUUCCCAUGAUGCACAAGACCUGAAGAUCUUCAGUUACAUCGCAAGAGAUGGAGAAAGCAAUAGCUUCCGCUGCAAUGUCUUCAAGUCCAAGAGGAAGUCUCAGGCCAUGCGGAUUGUGCGGACAGUAGGUCAAGCGUUCGACGUGUGUCACCAGCUGACCUUGCAGACUCAAACAGAUGACCAGGAGGAUGACGAGGGGAAGGAGGAGGAGCCUGAUGCCACGCCAGCCAACAAGAGGUUUGCAUCGUCAGAGGAGACCGACCUUGAAGCCACAACAGAGGAGAGUAUCGAGUGCAACACUUCAUCAGACCCGGAGAGGAACAAAAAGGUCCUUGGUAAUAAUGGGAAGGUACAGACCGUAAAUUAUACUUGAUUAUUUUAGUGCCACUCAUUGUUAUUCCAUUCAAACAAACAGGAGACGACAGAUGGCGGCGCCCACUUCCAAGUGACAUUUAUGGAUGCUUUCAGACAAUUUACAUGCAGCAGAUUUUUUAUUUGGGAUGCCUGGAGAAUCUGAUGAGAAUCCCCCCCCCCAAAAAAAAAAAAAAAAUAGGCC